GGAAUCGGGCCGCGGUCGGUGGUGGUGGGCGAGCAGAAAGAUGAGUGUGGUGGGAAGAGUUUGGAUUUGAUGUGUUUUGACUGUCUGAGAUUCAAAGACAGGCGGGUGGCAAGAGGAGCGAGAGGAAAGCUUGUUGGAAGUUGGUUGAUCAGUUGCCAGUUCGUCCCGGGGAUGUGAUGUGACAGUAUCAGUGGCUGAAGGAUAAGCGACCUCAGUGGACAAGACCGGGUCGGCGGAGACAGCUGACGGCGACGGAGGCGGUAGAUAAGGCGGAACAAGCGGAAAAGUCAGAAGAUAAGGCAGCGGACAAGAGGAAAGGCGGAGGAAAGGCCAGAGUGGCGGAAAAAAGUGGAGGGGGAUAAGUGACAAGAAAUAAAAGCGAACCAGCGAAAGGCAACAGAGAGGGCGAAGGAAGGCGGAAGGAGUGUGCUGCGUGACCUGGUGAUCAUGUGAUCUGUGGUGACCGGUCACCUGUAUGCAGCGCAGUGACCUGUGCGCAGUGACUCAGUGAAUCUGGGCGGUGGUCGCCCGGACAGCCCUCCAACCCUGAGAGCGCGCCGCGGUGGACGAGGCUAAUAGUGAACACGGUUACCGUCCCACGAUUGUACUCAACUCUCUCGUCAGAUGACGUCGUCAUUGUGCCGGUGACGUCACACCGGUGGGAGUGGUGACGUCACCGGUGUGACGAGGAGUGACGUCAUCAGCCGUCCGUGACGCUGCCAGUCGUCAUGUCCAGCGGAAUCAUACAAACUCUGACCGAGCGGGAGCCGGUGAAGUUCGAGAUCCCCACCGAGGGACUUAGCAGCGCCGAGCUCCGGCUGGUCAAACACAUACAGGAGGUGGCUGAGGACUCGCUAUACCACUGGAGGACGUUUCCCCUAAUUCUCCCUCCGCCUGUGGCUGUCCAACACAGAGAUGUGGACUCGUCUUCACUGGCGCGACGGAAACCCAUCAUCAUCAGAGAUCUGUUUGUCGCGCCGUGUUUCGAUGAGCUGGAGGCAGUCGCCCUCGACUCGGGCGGGGAGCCGCGCAAACUCAGCGGAAAACAGCUGGCCUCGGUCCGGGAGACUGGCAGCUGCAGCAAGGCCAAGGCUUUGCCCCGUCGACGUCUUUCUACGCACCAGCUCCGCUCGAUUCGACGACGAGGCGAGUUCGAGGUAGAGUCUCUGAACUUCACCGGCCAGGUGCACCGAUGGCGUCUCUCCGAGCUCCUCCAGAAGGGAACCGAGCGGUCCUUCAUCACCUACCAGGACGACCUGGCGCUCUCACUCAGGUUUCUCAUCAUCACCGCACGGGGUCGGAUCGGCUCGCAUUUCUUCUCACUCCGGCGGUCCUUGAAGUCGCUGCUGCGGGGACUGACGCUACUGCUUGACGUGUUGCUGGGCUUUCCCUCCACCAAGAGCUGUAAUCUCGACUCAAAACUGAUGGAGGAGCGGUGCAAGUACCUGGUGACCGAACUGGUCUGCAAGCCGGACCAGGAGACGGCUCUGGAGGAGCUCUGCGCCUACAUGCGCCGUCAGCUGGCGCGCCUCCGACUGGAGAAGUACCGCCCCUCCGAACAGGACCGGCCGCCGCUCAUAUACACCUUCCACACCCUGCACGGGCUGACGGUCGACCUGCGACUGUUCAACAGGGAGGUGAUGCGUCGCGCCGUGCCGGUACUAAGCGCCAUCCUGGAGCGGGAAGCGCGCGGCUGGUUGGCGCCAUUUCGGGAGCGCGUCAUCACGGAGCUCAAGGGACAGGAGCUGAGCGAUGAACAGAUCCAGGCAAGUGCCAACCGGGCGGUACAAGACGAGUACCUGCGGCGGGUACUGGACGCCGUGUACGCCAGUGAGGAGCUGUCACAGCUGGAGGAGGGAGUCAGCAGACUGCUGGCCGAAAACGCACAGAGCAGGGUACUCAUGCACAGGGCUGUGGAGAACGUGGCUCGGAAGUUGGACAGCUUCCAGCGCGGCCUGAAGCACUACCUGGAGACCCAUCACCCGGUCAAGUGCCGCAUCCCCGCCUGGGUGCGGUUACAGUUCAGGGAAGCCGAGAGCCGGUUCAUCUCUGAACACCAGUGGGCGGCCCACGAGGAGGCUCUGACGCUGUGUCGGGAGAGUGGUCUCCAGCAGACGGCCUACUUCCUCCAGAGAGACCUCACCUUCAUGAAAGAGAGGGAGCCGGUGCUACAGAAGGAGCUCCGUCGGGUGACCACACCCACCCGGCAGUUUGAGUGGCGGACGCACAUCUGGCUCUGGGCCAACUGGACCGUUCACAGGCGAUUUCAG